UUUCCCGACAAGGGCAUGGUGGCUUACAUAAACCACAGCCGACUCAAGGCCAAAGGCGUUGGCCAACACCACAACGCCCACUGCUACGGGAACCAGAGCUUUGAGGAGCUGCGGGCCACCUGUCUGAGGAGGGGCGAGCUGUUCGAGGACCCCCUGUUCCCCGCGGAACCCUACUCGCUCGGCUUCAAGGACCUCGGCCCCAACUCCAAGCACGUGCAGGCCAUCAGCUGGCAGCGGCCCAAGGACAUCACGAGCAACCCUCAGUUCAUAUCUGACGGGAUCUCUCCGACUGACAUCUGCCAGGGGAUACUCGGGGACUGCUGGCUGCUGGCCGCCAUCGGCUCCCUCACCACGUGCCCCAAACUGCUAUACCGCGUGGUGCCCAGGGGGCAGAGCUUCAGGAAGAACUAUGCAGGCAUCUUCCACUUCCAGCUCUGGCAGUUCGGGCAGUGGAUGGACGUGGUGGUGGACGACCGGCUGCCCACCAGGAACAACAAGCUGAUGUUCGUGCACUCGGCCCAGAACUCGGAGUUCUGGAGCGCCCUGCUGGAGAAGGCCUACGCCAAGCUGAGCGGGUCCUACGAAGCGCUGGCCGGGGGCAGCACCAUGGAGGGCCUCGAGGACUUCACCGGGGGCGUGGCCCAGAGCUUCCAGCUGCAGAAGCCGCCGCCCGACCUGCUGAGGCUCCUGCGGAAGGCAGUGGAGCGCUCCUCCCUCAUGGGCUGCUCCAUCGAAGUCAACAGUGACAGUGACCUGGAGUCCGUGACCCACAGGAUGCUGGUGAGGGGACAUGCGUAUGCAGUGACUGGCCUUCAGGACGUCCUCUACAGAGGCAAGGUGGAAACGCUGAUUAGGGUGCAGAAUCCCUGGGGCCGGAUUGAGUGGAAUGGAGCCUGGAGCGACAACGCCAGGGAGUGGGAAGAGGUCAGCCCGGACAUGCAGAUAGAGUUACUGCACAAGAAGGAGGAUGGAGAGUUCUGGAUGUCCUACCAGGAUUUCUUGAAGAACUUCACACUCCUGGAGAUCUGCAACCUCACGCCCGACACGCUGUCCGGGGAAUACAAGAGCUGCUGGCACACCACCUUCUACGAGGGCAGCUGGCGCAGGGGCAGCACUGCGGGGGGCUGCAGGAAUAACCCCGACACGUUCUGGACCAACCCCCAGUUCAGGAUUUCUCUCCCUGAGGAGGACGACCCAGAUGAGGACUCGGAGGACAACACGAUCGUGUGCACCUGCCUCGUGGCUCUGAUGCAGAAGAACUGGCGGCACGGGCGGCCGCAGGGCUCCCAGCUCCACACCAUUGGCUUCGUCAUCUUCUCGGUCCCAAAGGAGUUUCAGAACAUCCAGGAUGUCCACUUGAAGAAGGACUUUUUCACAAAGUAUCAGGACCAUGGCUUCUCCGAGAUCUUCACCAACUCCCGGGAGGUGAGCAGCCAGCUCCGCCUGGCGCCCGGGGACUACAUCAUCAUCCCUUCCACCUUCGAGCCGCACAGAGACGCUGACUUCUUGCUUCGGGUCUUCACGGAGAAGCACAGCGAGUCCUGGGAGCUGGAUGAAGUCAACUACUUGGAGCAGCUUCAGGAGGAGAAGGUCUCCGAGGAGGAGUUGGACCAGAACUUUAUCCGUCUGUUUGAGAUCGUGGCAGGAGAGGACAACGAGAUAGACAUGUAUGAGCUCCAAAGGCUGCUCAACAGGAUGGCCAUGAAACUCAAAAACUUCAAGAGCAAGGACUUUGGCUUGGACUCCUGCCGCUGCAUGGUCAACCUCAUGGAUAAAGAUGGCUCUGGCAAGCUGGGGCUUCUGGAGUUCCAGAUCCUGUGGAAAAAAAUCAAGAAAUGGACGGACAUCUUCCAGGAGUGUGACCAGGACAACUCAGGGACCCUGAACUCCUACGAGAUGCGGUUGGCAAUUGAGAAAGCAGGCAUCAAGCUGAACAACAAGGUGAUGCAGGUGGUGGUGGCGAGGUACGCGGAUGACAACAUGAUCGUGGACUUUAACAGCUUCAUCAGCUGUUUUCUGAAGCUGAAGGCCAUGUUCACCUUCUUCCUGACCAUGGACCCCAAGAAUACUGGCUACAUUCACGUGAACCUGCAGCAGUGGCUGCAGGUAAUCAUGUGGGGAUAG